GAAACCUUGUUGCCAACGAGGCUUAGCACGCUUUAUUUUUGAGCCUCUAAAAUGUGUAUGUGUCAUUCGUUGAAUUGUGUACCAUCUUAUUGCUGAAUGCACAGCUUUCAGUUGAUGUUCUAGCUGCUCGGGAACGGCAUCGUGAAACCUGACUUGGUUGAACUGGUCCUGGCAUCCAUAUGGGCGAACCUUUAAGCACCCCUGAGAACUUGGUGUUGGUCUGCGACAUCCCCUUUGUGUCGAUUUUGGCGAGUUCCAAGUUGGCUGAUCCUUCACUUGGCCUGGAGUUGUGAAGCUGCAGCAGCUGCAUGGAUGUCACCUGCGUGACUGGCUGCAGAGUUGAUUGAUGGCACGAGCUGACCAUUGUAACAGAACCAGACGACCCUGCUGAGAUCCCUGUGACUCUUGAACUUCAGUCGACAAUGUCAAGGACAGCCACAACAUCUGAUCCAAAGAAUACGAUGCCAGCACCAGAUGUGAUGACGCGCCGGAGUGGACAUUCACCCUCGGGAAAGUUUGGUGAAAAGAGCGCUUCAGUGACAUCAAAACUGAGUCCCAUCUUACCAAAAGGAACAAUCCUGACCCCUAUUACGUCUGCGCCAGACAAAACCAUUGCUCGAACUUCCAAUGGAGUUAAGGUUGUGGGGCUGUUACCAUCACAGAGCUCUGCCCAGGUGGUGCCCGUGAAACUGUGGCGUAGCCCCUAUGCAGCGAUCAGUGAUUUGGCCGCAGUGCCAGUGGUUCAUUUGGAAAAGUCCAAUCCAUUGCAAGGAACCCCACCUAGUCAGAAGAGAGCAAUCUCGAACAGGCUGGCCCCACAGCCAGUGAAUAAUGAAAACAGCUUGCACCCUGCUGGCGUCAGGAACGCCGACACUAUUCUCGUUGUCAAGAAGAUUCAGGACGGCAAGGCUGUGAUAACAGCUCAACCAGCGAAUUCCACCUCCACCAGGGAGUUGAGCUGUGGCAUUGUGUCCCAGCAACAUUCGCCCUCUAAUGCGAGCAAGGUCUUAACUGCUGCAACGGGAAGCACAGCCAAGCUGGUUCAGAUUGCACCAACCACAACAUCUACGAGUAAUUUUGCGAGAGUGAGUGGCAGUGCUCCGAAGAUCACUGUCGCAGAGCCUGUUCAAGCAAACACUGCUCGUGUGCCUGCCAGGACAUUUCCCACCUUGAAAUCUCUAUGGUGCACAACGGAGAAUCAGCGGAACAGUCCAACAGCCAGCACAGCUACCAGACCCCUGAAAUCAAUUCUGGGCAAACAUUCUCCAGCAGUCGUCCACAUAACACCAGCAAAAGGCUCCCCUACAAGAAAGAAGGUACUUGUGCUGCCGCCUCAAAAAAUGACAAUGCCCGCAAAGGCAAAUAGAUAUCACGUUUCACCCUCUGCCCAAAGCAAGCCGCCAGAUGUUGCAAGGCCCCCAGAUAAGCAGGAAAGAGUCGGUGGAGGGGUGCAGGAUGUGGAGAAAACACGCACCACCACCGAGCUUGUUUUUACAUCGCAAAAAGACGAGGACGGAUGUGGCAUUAAGAUCUCAAGCGUUGUCAGCUUGGCUGGACAAGAAAGCCUGGUCUUUCCUGCACCAGUAGUGCCGCAUGGGAAUGAAAGAGGUGAAUGUAUUGAUUCCAACGACACGAGUGGUGGCAAGAGCUUCGAGGUGGCUCAUCCAAAUGAAGACGACGAUGAAACGGACUCGGACAUUGAGCUACCUCAAUUCUCAUCAUCCAUGCUGAGUAGGGGGGCAAAUAAAACCGAUGGGGAUGUUAUUGAGCUGUGUUCAUUUCAGGAAAAGAAAGGAAAUUCGGUCAUUGGAUCACAAAUUGUGUUCAAACCAGCGCCUGUGGCAGGCAAUGCAAGUCAAAGCAUAUGUCCAAGUUCUAAGCUGGACAAACUAAAAGAGGCCAUCAAGUUACUUGAAGAAGAUUCUACGCUUCAGGAUUGUGACAUGUUUACUGAAAGAGAAAAAGACUUUCUCAUGUCUCUGCUACAUCGUGUUGACUGUAGCGACCGAGUUCCAGAAGAGAGCAAGAGGGACCCAAAGCAAUGUUCAAGUGGUCCAAGUGCAGCGAGCACCAUGGAAUCUCGAGGCAAGUCACUGAAGAGCAAGGUCAGAAUAAAAACAGAGCCUGGAACUCCAGUUGAAACCCUUGCUAAUGAAUCAGACCAAAGGAAAGCUGAACAAAGUAUGAGAUGUCUGAAUGUAGCUGAUGCCAGGAAAUCUCAGGGCAGUUUAGUAACAGUGGACAGUAAAGUCAGAAUAAAGAGAGAGCCUGGAGUUUCAACCGACUCCUUGGCACUAGAAGCGCACCAAAAAGACCCCAAACAAGGUUCGACUGGUUCUGGUACAACAGAUGCUUAUAAGGUUCAACACAAAUCACCACAUGAUUCCAGUAUAGUUCGCACGAAAACAGAACCUGAAUCUUCGCCCCACUCACUUUCUAGUGCCAAGAAAGAAGACGCAACAACGCGGGAGGGCAGUACUUCUCAUAAACCUCUUCGUCGUAUUGUCAUCACUUCCGAUGAGGUUCCAGUGAUCAGUUCUGAUGAUGUAAAGAAUGGACUUGAGGCAUUCCUCGUCAGGAACAACAUAUCAAACAAUUUUUCCAAAGAUGAAAUCAUUAAGCUGCACUGGGAUGGCAAAGAUGUGAACACAUUUCACUUUCGAGACAUAGACAGUGAGGAGGUGCAGCAGCCACCCAUUUCGACUCCAAAAGUGGUCAGGCCUGCCAUUCUCAGAUGUGGCAAGGCGCCGGCACCUGCAGACGAUGUUGGCGCAGAACCACUUGCGACUGCAGCAGAGCUGACCCACAAGCAAAGGGUCUCUGAACCAGUGACUGCCAAGACUGAAAAUGUUGUGGAAGAGCUGACGAUUCCCCCAGAUGGGACAGUGGUGCCAGCUGGCUUCAAGGCCGUUCGGCUCAGGUGCCGCACGGAGACCGGACAGCUGGUGGAACGUUUUGUCCUUAAGUCACUGAAACCCAUUCGCGUCAUCAGCAGUACCACCCGUCCCGAGAAGCAAAUCGGAUUCUUGCCUCGUGCAAUUCGGUACGUAAACGAAACUGGUGAAGUUGUUGAGAAGCUUGUCAACCCACAACAACAGAUUAUGCAGGUUGUGCCGUCUGUACCAGGUGCAAGUAAGUCUACGCCUGUAUGCACUGCAAGUUUACCCAGCAAGGGUGUACCGACAGCCUCUUGUUCAAAGCCAGGUGGGCUCAUAAAACCACCUGCUGCUGCUGCUGCUUCAGCAGUUUCUGCACAAUGGUCCAGGCAUUUCGUGUCAGAUGUGGUGACCAGCAGUACCAUAUCCAAUCUACUCACCAAGCAACCAGAGGUCAGAGUUUCUUCAUCAACACCAACAGUGUGUCCCCCUGGUGGCACCAUACCUGUUACAGCUUCGAACACAGUCCUAGUCAAGGCUCCAGUUGCACUCGGGCUCCAGAGCUCACCGGCUGUUCUACCAAUACGUGUGGUGGGCGCGAACUCAACACCUGCGACAGCAUCAAAGCCCGAGUCCUCUGCUGGAGUUGAUGUGGAGAGGAUGUUUGAGCCAGAAUGCCUGCUUGAGGUGUCCAACAAUACGUUAGAUGUUCAAUCGUGGAAUAAAAAAGGUCUGAAUGACGACAGUUCAUCCGAUUCAUCCAGCACAAGCAGCUCAGAUGUCGGUGGCUAUGUUCCGCCAGUUGUAAAGCGCAAAGAGGAACGCAAACCAACAGCGCCGAAACGCUCGCCCCAGAAAAAAUCUACCAUCAUGCGAGAAUACAGAACACGCAAGCGAAGGCAGCGCAAAAAACAAAACCGCACUGCGGCAGCACCGUCUUCAAACGACAAGUGCAAAGCAAGCAAGAAGAAGGACGAUGUAAACAUGGCCAUGCGAUCAUCAAACUGCAUCGACAGACCAUGUGUUGUGAGCAUGUAUCGCCUGAAUGACUGCCUUCUUUCAAAUGGCUCUGUGAACCUGGCUUCUGUGAGGCACGAGGACCUAUUUGUGUUGGCAUCCAGUCCAGCAGUGAGGUUGUCACCGGAAAAGGUGGUCUCAGUGGUCGAACUGAAGUCGCAAACAUCGGACUCCCCAAAGCAGACAGUGGAGGGGGACACUCGGAAGCAGACUGUCGAGGUGUCUGGUGUUACAGAUACAAACAAUGUGGAGCAUUUGCUGAGAGAACGGCAAAAGGAACUGGUACAAUUGCGCAGGAAAUACAAGAAGCUAAGCCCUUAAGUUUACCCAUUCAGGUGUGCAUGAGACAGCCUAAGAGUGGUUGAUGUACAAGACAAUGUAAAUGCAUUGAACUUUUUUUCAGUGCUUAUGACAUUCAUACAUGAGCAUUAUGAAAGCUUGGUGUCAUAAGCCAAUGACUCGGUGAGUUUAUGUUUAUAUGGGAAAGUAUUCCUGCAUGCCUACAGUUUUCACAAACAUGCAAUAUAACUGCUGUGUGCAGUGUCGUUCAUGUUGUUCGUGCUGGUGUCGUUCAGCCCAAUCCAUGUUAACCACACUUGUUUGUUUAAUAAAGUGUUCAGUUAUCUUGCGUGAUUCCUAGCUGCUUCUGGCACACUGUAAAAGCACUCUUGGGGUGUAUCCCAUAGAGUAUCUUAUAAUAGUAAUAAUCUGACAGAAAUGUGGUAUUACCACAUCUGCAAGCUUAUUGAAGGGCACUAGCUAUGAUCCCGUGUAGGUUUAUUUAUCAAGGUGAAAGUCUUAGAUGCCUCAUCAAACACGAAAAUUGAUUGUCGGCAUCAACACAAGUGACACAAAAAAUCAUAAUGUGGUGACGUCACCAUAUGGUGUCGUCAUGAUGUCACAGAUCGGCAAAAUUUCUGACGGCACUAUGACAUCACAUAAUGUGAUGUCAGAUGAUGACGUCAUCACAUAACAUCGUUGCUUGGUCAAAGGUGGGCUGAUCACAAAGGCAGUGCAAAACCACGUUAGGUGCAGAAAGCU